CUCAGUCUCGUGUGGACAAGGUUGGCACAUGCGCAGGAGGACCUGCGAGGACACGGUGAACAACAAGACGAUUGACCCUCUCAACUGUUAUGGGAAAGACGUCGAAUACGAGGCCUGCACGACCAGUACCUGCCCAAAAUAGGAUGAUUGGGGUGCAUGGGGCGCAUGUUCAUCUGAAACGUCAUGUGGGCGUGGCCACAAAAUACGUCAUCGAACUUGCACCAAUGGCGGUACACCAGGUGUCGAUAGAUACUGUAUGGGACCAACCAAUCAGUCUUCGUCAUGUAUGGAUAUUAAAUGUAAAGGUCUUAUGCGACUACAGGGAGGAACCGAGUAUGGCGAAGGUCGCGUGGAAAUCUUCAACAACCUCAACAAGGAAUGGGGACUCGUGUGUGCUGACCAGUGGGGGAUGUUUGCCGCCGACCUUGUGUGUAAACAGUUGGGACUGCCAGGCGCGUUUGCUGCUGUGACAGACGGCAGAUAUGGAAAUGGUGCUGGAAAGUACAGUAUCACCAGCUUGACCUGCACCGGAAGUGAAAGAACUGUUCAGAUGUGCAAGAGAAAUCCGUGGACUUUAACCACUUCCUGUUCUACAACCAACGGUGCAGCUGGCGUACAAUGCAACGUGAAUGGAGUUUGGUCUCUGUGGGGCUCGUGGGGCAGUUGUUCCGUUACGUGUGCAGACGGCAUCGAGCAGAGAACGCGCCAAUGUGACCAUCCUCCAGUUCUGCACGGAGGGAAACCUUGUCCGGGAGACGCGCUUCAGACUAGACCGUGCACUCUGCCGCUAUGUCCAGUUGACGGUGUCUGGAUGACGUGGGAGUCGUGGUCACCGUGUUCGGAGACGUGUGGCGAAGGGACGCAGACGAGAAGUCGAUCGUGUAAAGGUCCUUUCCAUGGUGGUAGAGAAUGUCUGGGAAGUCAGAUGCAGACUCAAGCUUGUCAAGACAAAGCUUGUCCAGUUGAUGGCUCCUGGGAUAUGUGGCAGACAUGGGGCGCAUGCUCCGUGACCUGUGGUGGAGGUCAGCGAAAACGGCAGCGCAAAUGCAACCAACCUUUGAACGCAGGCUCCGACUGUGUUGGAAGCGCUAUCGACGUUGCUAUCUGUAACACUAACCCUUGUCCAAUUGACGGCUAUUGGCGCCACUGGCUCGAGUGGGGUCCAUGUAACGUGACCUGUGGGGGAGGUCGGCAGAAACGGGAACGUGUGUGUGUUGAACCCCAAUAUGGCGGAAAGGCAUGCAGCGGUGCCGCCGUAGAAUGGAGGGAUUGUGGCACUAACAACUGCCCAGUGGAUGGUCACUGGAUGGACUGGGGACAAUGGGGCACGUGCAACGUUUCGUGCGGCGGAGGCAUACAGAAACGUAGUCGCGAGUGUUACCAAGGGCAACACGGCGGAAUUGACUGUGUUGGUGGACUUCCUGAAGAAGAACGACAGUGCAACACGCACAAAUGUCCAGUCGACGGUGUGUGGGAUCUCUGGGGUGUGUGGUCCAACUGCACAGACACCUGCGGCAACGGCACUCAAACACGCUCUCGCACAUGUCGUGGGCCGUUUUUUGGCGGGCAGGACUGCGACGGCCCAAAAGUGGACAUCAGGCACUGCAAUACACAUUCUUGUGCAGUGGACGGCGUUUGGGAAACUUGGCUGUCAUGGUCUAGUUGUGACGUCUCAUGUGGCAACGGCACAAAGAUGCGAAAGCGAGCAUGCGCAGGACCCUACUAUGGGGGCAAUAACUGCUCUGGUCUCUGGACUGAGCAAGUCCAUUGCUUUCUGCGUCCCUGUCCAGUGGACGGGACGUGGCAGACGUGGGGGUCGUGGUCGACGUGCCCGGUGUCGUGUGGGGGAGGAUCUGUGUCACGUCACAGGUCAUGUGACGGACCAUUCCACGGAGGAGAGGAAUGUGCUGGAAACUACAAUGAGACCCAGAUAUGUGGAUCACAGCCGUGUCCAAUUGAUGGUUUCUGGGAAGCCUGGUCCUCGUACAGCUCAUGCAGUACCACGUGUGGAGGAGGAAUUCAGUUUCGCUACCGCACGUGCGUACCUCCUAAAUAUGGCGGUGCUGAUUGCAAAGGAGAGUCACAAGAACACCAGAGCUGCAAUGACAAUCCAUGUCCAGUGGACGGUGUGUUUGCGGCCUGGACAGACUGGAGCACGUGCAGCACAACGUGCGGGGGUGGUGAGACUGUGAGGACGAGGACCUGCACAGAACCAUUACACGGAGGUUCCAACUGUUCUGGAGCGUGGAGACAAAACGACACGUGCAAUACACAACCGUGUCCUGUUGAUGGCGUCUGGAAGCCAUGGGGCACGUGGAGCGCAUGCGAUCUAACUUGCGGGGGCGGCACGCGCAGUCGCCUGCGAGAAUGCGAGGGGCCAUAUUUUGGCGGCAAAGAGUGUGAUGGAUCUGAAUCUGAAACUGAAACCUGCAGCGUUCAACACUGUCCAGUUGAUGGCGUAUGGGAUGUAUGGUCCGACUGGGACUCUUGUAGUCUCACAUGCGGAGGAGGUAUUCAGUGGCGUACCAGGAAUUGCACGGGUCCAUUUUAUGGGGGCCAAGAUUGCGCUGGCUCUGCCAAUCAGUCACGUGACUGUAACGCGCAGUUGUGUCCUGUUGACGGGUAUUUCAACGAAUGGGCUCCAUGGAGUGAAUGUGACGUCACAUGUAAUGGAGGUAUACGCUGGCGAAACAGAACGUGUAUGGGACCGCUGCAUGGUGGUAACGAUUGUCAAGGUCAAUGGAAUCAAACAGAGGCCUGCAACACUCAGCAAUGUCCAGUUGAUGGAGUUUUCUCGGACUGGUCUGACUGGGGUGAAUGUAGCGUCACGUGUGGUGGCGGUAUCAAGUGGAGAACUCGAACUUGUACUGGACCGUUUUAUAACGGCGCGGAUUGCGUGGGCGCGCGAAAUGACUCGACUUCUUGUAACGAAAACAACUGCCCAGUUGAUGGGGUGUAUAAUGAUUGGUCUGCUUGGAGCACGUGCACGGUUACGUGUGGCGGUGGCACUCAGUGGCAUAGUCGCACGUGCGUUGGUCCUUUCUUUGGCGGUCUUCCAUGUCAGGGCCCAGCCAGGGAAACACAAGACUGUAACACACAACACUGUCCAAUUGACGGAGUUUACAAUGAUUGGUCCCAGUGGGACACGUGUACAGUCACGUGUGGGGGUGGCACCCAAUCACGAAGUAGAACAUGCACAAAGCCACAAUAUGGCGGCCGCGACUGUCAAGGACCUGUUGAUGAUUGGCAGGAUUGCAAUACUCAGAAUUGUCCUGUUGAUGGAGUCUGGUAUUCCUGGUCCGCGUGGGGAGCUUGUAACACGACGUGUGGCGGUGGAGCAAGGGAGAGAACUCGUGACUGUGAAAAACCGAAGUAUGGCGGCGCGGACUGUAUCGGGCACUCAUCCGAGUAUUUAGUUUGCAACGAAAACCCUUGUCCCAUACCAGGAGAUUGGUUCCCAUGGGAACCAUGGCCGCUUUGCUCUGCUACCUGCGGCGGUGGAAAGCGGCAACGACAGCGAGAAUGUGACAUGACGUCAUACGGUGAUCUCACUGCCCCCUGUGCCGGUGAUGCUAAAGAGAUUGAAGACUGUCACACAUUUGCGUGUACGCCGUAUGCUGCCACGUGCACGGAGUGGGGAGAGCGCGGACUGAAGGAGAGCACGAUGGCGCACAUUGAUCCCUUCAAGAAACCUGAGGCUCUCCAGCAGCCCAUCCUCGUGUACUGCGACAUGGAGUCCGAGGACGGGACAGGAGUCACUGUUAUAGGCCAUGAUCAACAGCAGGAGGAAGAGGUGAUCGGUUAUGAAGGCGCAGGAGAAUUCCAGCUCGAGAUAACCUACAACGUGACGCUGGAGGAAGCUAUUGCUAUCAUCGACAACUCCAAGUCGUGCAAGCAGUUCAUCAGCUGGAAGUGCAAGGCGGCGCUCAUCCACAACCCUUACGGCAAAGGCAAGGACAUCAUAACCACUGGCUGGAAGAACAGGACUGGGCAGAUAGCGGACUACUUCGGGGGAGCCACUCCUGGCAGCGGGAAAUGUCAGUGUGGCAUGACCAAUUCCUGCGUCAAUACCACCAUGACCUGCAACUGCGACACCAACGAUAAUGUCUGGAGAGAGGAUUCCGGGUUCCUGACAUACAAGGAUGAUCUGCCUGUUGUCGAAUUUAUUGCUGGAGAUACAGGUGCUGAAGAUGAGAUGGGCAUAGCGAGAGUUGGGAAUCUCAUCUGCAAGGGCACGGCAAAGUGACCUGCGCUUGCUGCGAUACUAGCGCUCCUAGACUGCAACCUGCUGGCCACCAUGCUAGAUGUUUAUCACCACUUUGACUCUUGCACGAUCGUCGAAUUAAGACUCUAUUUUGCAUCUAUCCCUCAAACAAUAUGUCAAAGCGCAGAUGCUGUCAUUCUUUUGACCUGCUUGACAUUUACUUGCUGUGUGUUCUUUGUUUUUGUUCCGUAAAUGCUCCGUAAAUAUUCUGUGAUUGCUCUCUUUAUGCAUGCAUCUGUUUUCUUCAGUUUCUUUGUCUUAUGUUCAUUAUUUAGGUGAUGAUGGAACCGAGGCUGGCUAUUACAAAAUUGGACCAGUACAGUGCCAGGGUGAAGAAUCGACAACUUGAUAUAAAGACAGUUUCGUCUUUUGACAGAUUUGCAAUUAUGUUUUGUCUACUCUAUACCGUCUGCUUGUUGAAUAAUUUCAGUUUUGUCGUUUGUUCUAUUGAACGUUUAACUCUAUUCAUCAUUAUUAUUUUACUCUUUCUUUCUUUCUUUCUUUCUUUCAUUUUGAUCUUGUUAUUAAAACAUAUUUUCUCAAAACGUGGAAUGCAACGUAUCGUUUCAAAAUCUGGUUUGAUUAAUUAUGAAAUUAUUUUCUUUGACACUAAGUUUAUGCACAUAUCAUUUAAUAAAUGCAUACAACGCUUGCGUGCUAAGCCAUAUUCAAAUUCAAAACCUGUAACAUAAAAUACUAAAAGUCGGAUUGUCAUAUUUUCUAUAUCAAUUGUUUAAAACUUUAAAUAUAUAAUACUAAAAUUAAUAAUUUUAUGGGUUUCUUUUAUAUCAGUUCAUAUUUUAAAACCUAAAAUGUAUAAAACUUAAAUUUGGACUUUUAUAUUUUCUAUAUUAGUUAAACUGUUUUUACAAUAAUAUUUUGAUCUAUGUUUAAAGCACACAUUUUAAUUAAAAUGUAUUGUAUGACAAAUAUGGAAUCUAACUCUUGUAAAUCAAGAAAUGGAGUUUGUACAAGUUUAUAGAUUCCGUAUGAUAAAUAAAUGCCUGUGUCUAUUUUGUGAUCACAUGUUUGUGUUAUUUAUUGCUUAAUAAAAUUGAUAUUGCAAAUUAA